AUGGCAGACUUUAAAGCCUUCCUUGAGGAUCUAGCCAUCCAAAAUACAAACUUGGUAUGCGAAAUAAACCAACUAGCGAUUGAACUUCGAAUAAAUAUCAAGCGACAAGAUGAAGUCUAUGCGAAGAUCAAGGCGCUUCUCUUGAAAAUCUACGACUCUAUCGCCAUGCUAAGCAAGCAGAUUCGCCAUCCCGACGUACGAAAUCCAGACAUCCUCCCCGUUUGGAGGUCCUUUCUCGCGCCCAUUAGCGCCCUCUCUCAACUUCCUUCGGGGCAUUUCCUCUCUGCGCGCGUCGUCCUGUACUUAUCCAGCGGGCUCUUGAAUCAACGGGCUUUAGACCUGAAAUUCUCCAAAAUCGGAUCUGCAAUAGAGGGACGGCCAGUGUUUCGACUGUGCAGGGCGAUUGACGACACCUUACUUGCAUCUCUGCGCUAUAUCUGGACCACGAGUGGCGAGAGCGAAAGAUUCGACUGGGUCUUUACACAAUAUACACUACAGCCUGAGGAUGAUCUCCAAGACGGAGCGAGUCGCUUACGAAAGCUUGCACAAGCGCUCUCACCGGAGGAACUGGCUGCCAUGAACGGAAUCGAGGGACGCCGGUUCAUAUGGGCAAUGUCAGCAAACGAGCGAGAAGGAGAUCUUGAAGAUUGGAAGCCGUUCAUAGGGAGUCUCCCAGGUGACGCCGCAGAACGUGCGAGGUACUCGGUCCCAGACAAUGACCAGGUGAAGCCUGGGGAAUGUUUCUGGAAACAGAUCGGCUCCGAUGGCCCGAUCCGACAACGGUUCCGCUACUAUUCCACAGUGUCCGACCACCUCCGCCCAGCUAGUUUCAGACUAUGCUUUUUUCACGAGUAUAUCGAGUUUCUCGAUCGUUCGCGUCGGUUUGUCCUGGACACGCGAAAAACGACGGAGCCGUGCUUGACCGAGGCGGAAUAUGCUCUGGUGCACAAGGCCCUCGUUAAGGUCAACAUGCCCCCAGAGAUACGGCGGAAUAUUAUCAACCAUCUCGAGCUUCCGAAAAGGCAUCCUUACCUCCGGUACUUUGAUAUUGCCAAGGCGUACGCCCCCUUUCCGGAGAAUGAACGGCCUUGCGAAAGGUGUCUGGAACCGAUAGCGACCGACAGAGACAAGUUAACUUGUCCGGAAUCAACCUUUUUCGUUUGGAAUUUUGCUCUCCGGGCGUUUCUUGCCUUUCACCGACCUUCCCCACAUGGUAACAUGGCGCUUUGCAAGUAUGGUAUCGAUUGCCAGGGUCAUCAUGACGAUGAUGACUGGGAGGUUAAGAACGAGGAGGACUUUGUCAACCUGAUUGAAACCAUCGUCAAGGAACGGUGUGGGCCUGACAUCAGCCUGGAUGAAGUCGGUUUGGGUCCAAGCAAGGAAAUCACAGCCAUGAGCCAAGGGCAAGCUGAAACAAUAGAGCUGAGACUCAUACAGCCCAGGGGUCCCCUUGAGGAUGCGGCGGCCGAGUUGAUGAGCGCCGGUGGCUUCCGCGGGUUAGUUAACUCGAUGCUUUACGGUAGGGUUCUCGUUGCAUUGUCGGCGAAUCGGUACAAAUACCCUGCGCAGUGGGGGCUAGCUAGAGAUCGGGGGGAGUAUCUGAAGGCCAUGCGUCUUGUUUGGAGACUACGGAGUGAGGAUAACACAGUCUCACGUUGA